CUGCUAUCUGGCACACCAGCUUCCUAAGCCCUAAAGUCAUGACCCAAGUUCUCCUGUGGCUGGGCCUUGCCUUGCUGGGGUCCUUGCAGGUCCAGACCCAGGACUCCACCCCAAGUCUGAUCCCAGCCCCGCCUCCGCUCAAGGUGCCACUGCAGCCUGACUUCCAGCAUGACCAGUUCCAGGGGAAAUGGUACGUCAUCGGCAUAGCAGGGAAUAUAUUAAAGAAAGAAGGACAUGGCCAGCUUAAGAUGUAUACCACCACCUAUGAGCUGAAAGAUGACCAGAGCUACAAUGUCACCUCCACCCUACUCAGGAAUGAGCGCUGUGACUACUGGAACAGAGAUUUUGUCCCAAGUUUCCAGCCUGGCCAGUUCAGCCUGGGCGACAUUCAGCUUUACCCUGGAGUACAGAGCUACCUGGUGCAAGUGGUGGCCACCAACUACAACCAGUAUGCCUUGGUGUACUUCCGGAAAGUCUACAAAAGCCAGGAGUACUUCAAGAUCACCCUCUAUGGGAGGACGAAGGAGCUGCCCCUGGAACUGAAGAAGGAAUUCAUCAGGUUUGCCAAAUCCAUAGGCCUCACGGAAGACCACAUCAUCUUCCCUGUCCCCAUUGACCAGUGCAUUGAUGAGUGAAUGAGAACGCGGUACUCCCUGUCUCUCUCCACCCGGUCGCCCUCACACCAACCUCUGACCAGGACAUCACCCAGCUGUCCCCACCAACCCGGACACCGAGAGAGCCAUGAGACCCUUCUUACCACAUAGCCCACCAGCUGCUCUCCAGGCUGUCCUUCUGAUGGAACUCUUCCUCCUUGCUUGCUAAAUAAACACAUGCCACCUGGUUCCCAA